CUUUUUUUAAAUUUUCUUCAGAAAGUGGCUGAAAUUUUCCUCUGAAAAUGUCAUCUACAGCAGUGUUAACCGUAGGUCUACUGUUUGUAGCUGGAGUUACGGCGAACAUUGAGUACGUGUAUCACAACUAUACGGAGUUGACUCGUGUGCUCGGGGAGACAGCGUUACAGUGCCCGGGUAUCAUGCAGGUCUACACGGUCGGUACCAGCGUGCAAGGCCGGGAACUUUGGGUUAUGGAGAUCAGUGACAAUCUUGGUGACCACGAGCCAGGUGAACCCGAGUUCAAGUAUGUAGGGAACAUGCACGGUAACGAGGUAGUCGGGAGGGAGAUCCUGGUGUACCUGAUACAGUACAUCUGUCAGCAGUACCAGGCCGGAGAUAGCCGCAUCAGGAGCCUGGUGCACGAGACUAGGAUCCACAUCAUGCCCUCUAUGAACCCGGACGGCUUCGAGUACGCCGAGGCUUAUACUCCUCCAACCGGCCCAAACGAGACAGACUGGUCUUAUCUAGCCGGCCGGUAUUCUUUCUUCGACAACGGAGAGCGCUACGAUGGGUUCAACGGCACCGACCUCAACCGGAACUUCCCGGACCUGAACACGGCGGUGUAUCGGUACGAGAACACUUCAGGACCGAACAACCAUCUCAGCGUCCCCGAUGACUUUUGGACGGGGGAAAGCGUCAGUAUGGGACCUGCGCCAGAAACCAAACGAGUGAUGGACUGGAUUCUUCGCUACCCCUUCGUCCUUUCGGCAAACCUUCAUGGAGGUGACCUUGUGUCUAGCUACGCUUACGAUGUGUCCCGAACGUACCCGAACAACCCCGACGUGUACACGAAGAGUCCCGACGACGAAGUCUUCAGAGAGUUGGCUAAGACCUACUCCCUGGCUCACGGUACGAUGGCAAAGUGUGGUGUGACCCAACCGUGUGAUACGGACGACUUUGCCUGUCAGGAUGGCAUCACUAACGGAGCGGAUUGGUACAGCUUAACGGGCGGUAUGCAGGAUUUCAACUACCUUGCUUCCAACUGCUUCGAAAUCACGCUGGAGCUGUCGUGUAACAAGUUCCCUCCCGAAGCAGAACUGGCGCAGUUCUGGGAGGACAACAAGGAGGCGCUCUUGCAAUAUAUGGAAAAGGUACACAGCGGCAUUAAAGGGUUUGUGAGAGACACUAACAACAAUGGCAUCGCUGACGCUGUCAUCUCUGUCAGGGGCAUCAACCACGAUGUCACAACAGCACGUGAUGGUGACUACUGGAGGCUGCUAGUUCCAGGGACGUACCGUGUGACCGCUUCCUGGGGAGGGUGGAGUCAGGAGAAGACGUGCACAGCCGCUAACCGAGCCGGAGUCUGUGACUUUGUCCUCGGAGCACCUCCCACCCAGCCCCCCGCCACCUCUGCUGGAAGCUCCGCCAAGCCGCUGCUGGUGAGCGUGGUAUUGGCGGUCGCACGAGUCGCCAGUUGGCUGUAAUUUUGAGUGGCAAGCAACAAUCGCUACACAUAGCUAAACAUCUGCUUGAAGAUAACACCAUUAUGCCUACGUCACUUUUAAAACAGUCACCCGGACGGGCAGCAUUCGAGAACAACAAAAAUAUGAUAUAAAAGACACCAAACUACACAAGACGUAAAGAGAACAGUCGUAGGCAUUAUUUGUGUAUAUUUUUACGUAUACAUAUUUGUCAUGUUUAUUGUUCGCUUGCACAAACAGCCAGGCCGGGCCCCGGUUUGGAAAUGUGACGUAAGCCUUAAGGUGGGGUCACACCUGCGUAUAUAUUU